UCUGACUUUGAACACAAGAAGAGGUUAACUAAUCAAAAUAUAUUUUUUCAAUCGGUUAAAUAAGUUAAAGUCUUCGUUUGGUUUCGCUUUAGCGAUUUUUGUUUUUUUGUUGAACAGCGACUGUUAACAAGUUAAAACAUAAUUAUGGCAAAAUCGGUAUCAAAGGCUGUAUCUAUUGAUGAAGCUCUCGAAAUGACAAAAUUCGGAAAAUUUAAUUAUUUUAUCAUUAGUGUGUCUGGUUUCAUUUUGAUUAAUGUAAUAAUGGAAACACUUGGCAUUAGCUUUGUUUUGCCAAUUCUAAAGUGUGAUUUGGAAUUGACAUAUCAGGAAAAAGGUAUCCUUGGUGCUGUUGGUUUUCUUGGAAUUAUCACCAGCUCACAUCUUUGGGGAUUUUUGGCUGAUACAAAUGGUCGAAGAAAAAUAAUUGCACCAACAUUGUUUGCUGCAUAUUUUGUUUCAAUAAUUUCAAGCUUUUCACCAAAUUUUGUCACUCUGGCUGUUCUUCGUUAUUUGAAUGGUUUUUUGAUAUCUGGUGCAUCAGCUACCAUAUAUGCUUAUCUAGGUGAAUUUCAUUGCAACAAACUCAGAAACCGUGGUAUUAUGUCGGCUGCUUUUGUUUGUGCGGCAGCUGCUCUAUUUCAUCCAAUUAUGGGUUGGGCAGUUAUCAACAGAUAUUGGUCAUUUUAUGUGCCAAUUGUGGAUAUUGUCUACAAACCAUGGAGAUUCUAUAUUGUGUGCUGUGGAUUACUUGGUUUUGUUUCGGGAUUGUGCUUUUUAAUCCUGCCUGAAAGUCCCAAGUAUUUGCUAUCAGUUGGAAAAGAAGACGAAGUUAUUGCUAUUUUAAAAAGGAUUUAUUCAAUUAAUACUGGGAAAAAAGCUGAAAGUUUUGAAAUAACCUCAAUUGUACCAGAUAUUGAGGAUGAACAAAAAUUGAAACUAAUCAGAGGGAAUAAUAACUGUGUAAUGUUUUUAUUCCGAUCAAUGUGGAACCAGACUGCACCACUUUUUCAACAAGAACAUCUGCGAAAAACUGUCUUAAAUUGUUUAAUACAAUUUUGGAUAUUUUUUACAGCCCAAGGAGUUUACAUGUGGUUUCCAUAUUUGCUAAAUACUGUUAUGCAAUUUACAAAAGAUCAUCCAGAUGAAAGAAACCAAAUGUGUGAAAUAUUUUACAAAAUAGAACGAGCAGACGUGAUUGAGGAUGAUAACCAAUGCAUACAAACCCUUGAAGUCUCAACAUUUCAACAUACAUUGGCGUUAGAAUUUAUUUUUAUUAUAAUUUUUAUAUUUAUCGGAUACUUUACUGGUAAACUUGGAAGAAGACCGGCUUUAUUUAUAAUUUUAUUUAUAUGCGGUAGUUGUGGAGUUCUAUCUGUAAUUGUAGAUAUUCCAAUUGUGGCAGUUUACUUUUUAGUGGUAUUACUUGUCGUUGCAAUUAGUUCCUCAGUUCUUAGUGCAAUUGUUGUGGAUAUGUAUCCGACUCAUUUGCGAGCAAUGGCUGUUUGUAUUUCUUUGAUGAUCGGACGUAUUGGCAGCGUAACUGGAACCAAUAUUGUUGGAGCAUUAAUUGAGAAUCAUUGUCAGAUGGCCUUGCUUCUUGCAAGUUCCUUUUUACUUUUGGGUGCAUUUACAGCUUUUCUUCUGCCCAAAGGGUCACCAUCACAUAAAAAUCAAAAUAAAGACGAAGAUUUGUAAGAAAUUACUUGAAAAAUCUAACUUUUCUGAAUGUAAUAAUAGUUAUUGUUUUUUUUUUUUUUUAUAAAUACACUAUAAAAACUUUAA